AGUCGCGCUGCCGGGGGAGCUCGCAGGUGUCCCCGCCGCCUCCACCGCCGCUUCCGGACGGAGGGGCCGGGCCGGGCCGGGCCGGGCGGGAGAGCUCGCCUCGGGGCGGCCGCCGCCGGUGGGGUGAGGAGGGGUCGGUCUUCCUCCGCCGUCCUUUGCUCACUGGCGGGGAGAAAUGGAGGCGCCCUGGCGCCAGGGCGGCCGGGGCCGCGGCCGCGCCAGGCCCGGGGAUGGGCUCGCCGCUCGCGCUGGGGCGGCUGCCCGGCCCCCGGCCCCGCGGGCCCGCGGCGUUGCCUGUGUUGCGGCCGGCGAGACCAGCGGCGAGGGAGCCAGCGAAUUAUCUUCACAGAAGAAAUUUGAUGAAAUUAAGAAGGCUAAUCAGGCUGCAGCAAAAAAGCUAGUUGAAGACCAGUUUAGCUCCUCAUCUGAAGAUGAUGAUGAAGAUGCUGAAGUAAAACAAGGAAAGAUUUUGGCCAAAACGUUUACCAUUUACACCAGUCAAACUGAUGGAGAUGCAAGUGAACUGGAACGUACAAGACAGUACAUGAAUGAAGCUUUUCAGUCAGGGGCUAUGACGUGUCUGAUCUGCAUUGCUUCAGUUAAAAGGAACCAAGCUGUCUGGAGCUGUUGUGGAUGCUUUUGUAUAUUUCACCUAGUGUGCAUCCAAAAGUGGGCCAAGGACAGCCUUUUCCUUGUGUCUUCUCCUUUGACAGAUGAUGAUUUUGGGAAGAAAGAUUAUCCCUGGCCAUGUCCAAAAUGUAGGUUUGAAUACAAACGGUCUGAAACUCCUAGUAGGUAUUACUGUUACUGUGGAAAAGUGGAGAAUCCAACACUGGACCCAUGGCUGGUACCUCACUCCUGUGGUCAGAUAUGUGAGAGGGAAUUCAAACCAUCUUGUGGUCAUAAAUGUUUGCUGCUUUGUCAUCCAGGACCCUGUCCACCUUGCCCAAAGAUGGUCACAAUAACCUGUCACUGUAAGAAAGCUAAACCGGUGCCCCGAAGGUGCAGUGCCAAGGAGUGGUCAUGUCGCCUGCCAUGUGGACGAACAUUGCUGUGUGGACAACACACUUGUGAGAAUUCCUGUCAUGCAGGAGAUUGUCAGCCUUGUCCACGAGUCAGUAAACAACGGUGCAUCUGUGGAAGACAGACAGCAGAAAGACUUUGUGCAAGUCCUCAGUGGCAGUGUGAUCAGGUGUGUGGGAAGUGUUUGCCUUGUGGUAAUCACACAUGCGAAAAAGUUUGUCAUGCUGGUCCCUGUGGAGACUGUCCUCGUUCUGGGAAAAGGUCUUGUCCGUGUGAAAAAUCCAAGUUCACGUUGCCUUGUACAGAAGAUGUGCCCACCUGUGGUGAUAGUUGUGACAAAGUUCUGGAAUGUGGCAUCCAUAAAUGUUCACAGCGCUGUCACCGAGGUCCCUGUGAAAUAUGUAGGCAGGAAGUUGAAAAACAGUGUCGCUGUGGAAAGCACACUAAACGCAUGCCAUGUCAUAAGCCAUAUCUAUGUGAAACAAAGUGUACUAAAAUUCGUGAUUGCCAAAAGCACCAAUGUAGGAGAAAGUGCUGUUCUGGAAACUGUCCACCUUGUGAUCAAGUCUGUGGGCGGACUCUAGGCUGCAGAAAUCACAAAUGUCCUUCAGGCUGCCAUAGAGGUAGUUGUAAUCCAUGUCCAGAGACUGUAGAUGUGAAAUGCAAUUGUGGAAAAACUGUCAUUAAAGUGCCCUGUGGCAGAGAACGCACUAUCAAACCUCCGAAGUGCAAACAGCUGUGCAGUCGACCACCUACCUGUCACCACUCUACCCAGGAGAAACACUAUUGCCACUUUGGUCGGUGUCCUCCGUGUCGUCAGUCCUGCCAGAAAACAUUAACAUGUGGUCAUUUGUGCCCUGUUUCCUGCCACGAUGAAGCACUUGUGAAGCAAGCUGGCUUACACCAGUCUGCAGGACCCUGGGAACAGCCACUUGAGCCAGCUUUUAUUCAAACAGCACUACCAUGCCCUCCCUGUGAGGUUCCUAUACCAGUGGAGUGUCUUGGGCAGCAUGAGGUUACUCCAUUACCAUGUCACUCUGCAAAUCCCUACUCAUGUAAAAGGUUUUGUGGGCGGCUUCUUGAUUGUCAAAAUCACACCUGUAUGAAAGAAUGUCAUCACGUUACUAAAUUGAACAGUAGUCCAGAUGGAAAGAAGGCAGGUCCAGAAUGUUUGCAGUGUGAAGAGGAGUGUACCAAGCCCCGUCCAUCUGGCUGUCCUCACCGAUGUGUUUUGCCCUGUCAUCCUGGGGAUUGCCCAUCAUGUCUCCAGAUGCUUAAAAUAAAGUGUCACUGCAAACUAUCAAUACUGUAUAUUGAAUGCUUAAAACUGACGUGUGCUGAUGUAAAAGAAAAGGAGCUUCUUAUUUCCUGCAAAAAUCAGUGUCCAAAAGAGUUGCCCUGUGGUCACCGGUGUAAAGAGAUUUGCCAUUCAGGUAGCUGUCCUCUGAACUGCAGCCAGAAGGUUAAACUCCGAUGUCUCUGUAAAAGACUGAAAAAGGAAAUACAGUGCAGCAAGAUACAAGAUGGCCAAGUUUCACUGGAAUGUGAUGCGUUAUGCAAGGAAAUGAAACGGAAAGCAUCUGAGAUAAAAGAGGCAGAAGCCAAAGCUGCUAUUGAAGAAGAGAAACGAAGACAACAGGCUGAACUGGAAGCUUUUGAAAACAGAUUAAAAGGGCGAAGAAAGAAUAAAAAAAGAAAGGAUGAAGUAGAAGUUGAACAAUCAUCAUGGCAAAAAUACAAGAACCUCAUUAUGCUGCCAGUGUUCGGAGUUGCUGUUGUGAUGGUUGCAUGGCUUAUGGUCUACAACGACUGAAACAACUCAAUAUUUAAUAUACCUCAGCUGGGUUUUAGGUAGCUAUUAUUCCUAGAAUGUUAGUCUGUGUGUAACAAAACUCAAUAUGCAUAGAUUAUAUAGGUAUACUGUUUGUCAAGAAAAAUGGAGAGGAGGGAAGAGAUGUCACCUUUUGUGUUAUUAUAUCACAAAACUAAUUUCAGACACUGAAAGUAAUAGUAGAUUUUAGUCUAUGCUGAAGUGCUGAUAUAGUUCGUCUGACUGAGAUCCGUUAACAUCUCUUCUAUUAAUAUGUUGUGUUGCUUUUCCUUGUCUCCAUUUCAUAAUAUUAAAAAUAGCUUAGUAUAAAUACUUUAUUGAAUGUUUCCUGUAAAAUCAAUUUAGUGGUUUAUUGAAGAUUAGUAUUCUUAUGCUAGUCUUUAUAUUGUAUUACACAAUUUCUGUGCUUAAUGUCAGUUUUAAUUACAACAGCUAACGGGGAACUUCAAAUCACUUAGAUUUGAGUAUUCUGGGGCCUCAUGUCAGAACUUUGUUCAGAAAAAGGAAAUGUGAACUGUCCUUCAAGUCAACUGUAUCACAAACAAUAAAAUGGGCCUCCUUACAGACUGGGGUUUGUUUUCUGGUUGUUCACACACAGAGACACACACACAUGCACGCACUCUUAUUUCCUCAAAAAUCAAACCAAUUGAAAACUUCACUUAGUGAGCAGAUGCAUAUGCAGAACAUAGAUACAAAGUAGUUUCAGGGUGCAGGGGUGUGUUCUUAUCACUGCCCCCGUUGCCAGUGGCAGAAAAGCAAUUUGAAAUUGAACUUAGAGCGUCACUUGACUAUUUAUAUAGGUAAAAAUUACAUUUGGAUAUUUGUGUAGGUGUGCAAAAUCAUAAUUGAAUAGCGUAACAACACAAGUAUAUGUCACUCUGAAGCCAUCGGGAUGGUGCUUGCUAAUCACGUAUAAACUAUCUAGCUAAUUUCUUAAAUGUUUAAAUAUUUUCUUACUGACAGUUUAGAGUACCUUGCUUCAGGACACCAGUGCUGGUUGGUAGAACUGAAAGAUUCAUACACCUUCCAAGAUUAUGAGAGAAGCUACAUUGUCUCAGCUGAGGGACUGCAAGUUAAAUUCAGCAGUGGCAGAGAUUAGAAAACUGAAUUUUUAAAUCUCUGCUGGAAAUUUUAUGCUGAUACUCGAGCAUUGUGGGUAACUGAAGAGUGCUUAGAAGAUCCUGUGAAAGAUGAGGUACAAAGCCAAAGAGCAUUACGUUGCCCUUGUAAUUCAGGUGUAUAAUUUCAUCGCAAAUCCUGCAAAAGCAGUGGGACCAUUUCUGUGAAUUAGUAGAGAAGAUUGCAGUUUGUUUGAAAGCUCUUAUGGUUGAUUUUGGCCCACUUGUAAGAGGACCCAGUAUUAAUCUGAGCUGAUAUCCAAUUGUAGUUAUGGUUUAGCAGCAAAAGAAAAAAAAAAAAAAACAAAAACAAAAAAACAAAA